AUGUCUAGAACAACAAAUUAUAUUAUUCAUGAUCAUUUUAAUGGAUACACAUACUUCUCUGAAAGUUCUGGUUUUGGGUUUCAAAAUACUGGUGUUACCCGAUUAACAAUGAGCAGAAAAUCAAAAUUUUUGCAUUUCAAAGAGCGAAUAGAGUCAAAGAUUUUGUCUGGUCCAAUCUCUCAAAUCAUAUAUAGAAGUCUCGUUUUCUUUGAAAACAGUCAAGUCAAGUAUUUUCAACAAAAUAUACAGGACAAUAACGAUGUUCAACAAAUGUUUGAUAGUCAUGAACACUCUGGGUUCGACUAUAUCGAGCGUUAUCUAUUACUCUGUCAGACUCAACAAUCCCAAAUGUUUGGUGAAUCUCAGGUAAUAGAUCAGUCACAGUCAUUGGAACAAGAUGAAGUUGAUGCAGUUGACAAGGAAGAAGAAGAACCUGAGGCCAUGGUUGAUCAAAUGGUGAAUUUGUUUGGGACUAGGGACUACACUGUAAUAACUCCACUUGAAGGCAUAGAUGAAGAGGCAUUACCAUUAAGUCAUAUGUAUUGUCCUCCCUAA